UGGGGAUCAAUCAAUUCUGGGUUUUCUGGUCUACUUGUUAAAUAAAUUUUACAGAAGGGAAAAAAGCGAAAAAGGAAAACGUGAGAAACGAAAAAAGUAACAGUUGUUGUCGAUCAAACUCAUCCUUCCUUCUCGCAAAAUCCCUUUCUUCGGGGAGCCUCUAUUCCGAUCUUUUAUUCGUGCGUUUCCCGAUCUGCAAUUCGAGCUAUAUGCGUUAUUAGAUUCUCGGCUUCGAUUCAUUUCUAGCUAGAGGUUUAGGAAGAAAAGGGAUGAUUCGACUCGUGGCUUUGAAUUGAAGAUUCUGCAGGUUUAGUUGUGUUAAAAAAUGUGGAGCUCAAGUGAGGAGAAGAAGAGUGGAGAGGUGGCCGGUCUAACACCGGUUUACCUCAAUGUCUAUGAUCUCACCCCUGUCAACGAUUACCUCUAUUGGUUUGGGAUCGGCAUUUUCCAUUCCGGAGUAGAGGCUCAUGGUAUGGAAUAUUGCUAUGGAGCUCACGAGUAUUCAUCUAGUGGGGUCUACGAGGUAGACCCUAAGAACUGCCCUGGCUUCAUCUUCAGACGCUCUCUUCUGCUGGGAACUACAACCAUGUCCCUUUCUGAUUUCCGCUCUUACAUGGAGAAGCUUUCGUCAAAGUACCACGGUGACACUUACCAUUUGAUCGCCAAGAACUGUAACCAUUUCACCGAAGAGGUUUGCUUGCAGCUCACGGGUAAGCCUAUUCCCGGAUGGAUCAAUCGCCUCGCCCGCUUAGGUUCGUUCUGUAAUUGUCUUCUACCGGAAAGCAUUCAGCUCACUGCUGUUAGUGCUCCUUCUGAACGCCUUGAGUUCUCUGAUGAGGAUGAAUCGAACUCAGAGGCAUCUUCUGUGUCAGCUGAUGAUGAAGAAGAAGGAUCAGAGAAGCAUCUCAUUAACGUAGCAGACAGAGAUGUUGUGUAUCUACAAAACAAACCAGUGCGACUUACCAGAGAGUAGAUAGAUAUACCCUGAGAUACUUCCUUGCAGUGUGUUUGUUAAACAAUAUAGCCAUGGGAAGCCCAAAGGGGGUAAAGUGAUAUUCGUCUUCUUAUUGCUGCGCUUGUUCUGCCUGAAAAAUCCGUUUAGUAUUCUUCUCAUUCUUAGGCAUGUAAAAAACAUAUUCCAGAUUUAUAAAAUUCAAUCCACCCUUUUGCAGUAAAAAAAUCUGAAAUAUGUUGCUUACUUUUAAUAUACAAUUCAAGUAUAUUUUUUCUU